UGUCUCCGGUGCUUCAGGUCGGUCUAUACGCGGCCGAAAGCUUCUUCAUACGCUCGAAAAUCGUAUGCUUCAUCAUAAGAAUCUGUUGCGCUACGAGAGCGAAAUUGCGCCUGUACAAACUGCACCAGUACAUCAUCGCCAUCAUUUAAAUACUCGUUCUCUGGAUAUGAACUGCGCGAAGGUGGUGGAACAUAUCUCCAUGUUGAGAAAACAAGCGCGCACAUCUUUUAAUGCACUUAAUAAUUUUGUGUAUAAGAAAUUCACCGAGCCACGCUUCAAUCUCACACCAGAAAUAGCAUUAGAAGAAUGGAGCAAAUACAAAUUGAAUUUAUCACAUCCUUAUACAAAGUUAAUGGAUCGCGAAUUCACCAAAGAAAAGGUCCAUCAUGACAUAAGUCAUUUGGAAAAUGGAAUCACAACUUUGAAUGAAAAACUGAUUCAAACUGAACUGAAUAAAAUUUAUAAAACUAUCCGAAUGUUGCAAGUUAUUCAUAACCGCACCUAUAAUGCGCUCGAUAAGAAAUGGCAAGACGACGCUUACAAAAAUGUAACACAAUACCUCAAUCACACGGGUAGUCACCUCAGUGCUAAUAUAAAGGCUACAAAUUCUGUGAUUGCAACGCUCAAUGUUGCAUUGGAAGACUUUGAUGAAAAUAGCAUCUCUUACAAUGAAACGGUGCAAGUGUUAGAUUGGUUGGUAGUUGCCGAAAGUAUCAGCUUCUUUCAAUAUCUCGAUAAACUCUAUGAGAAAUUGAUGGAAAUGUGCAGUGCGCCAAGAUAUUUACACGAAGGAAAUAUGUAAAUAAGGAUACUAUGGUAUAAAUACAUACCUACAUACAAGUACAUAAGCCUAAGAGGCCGUCGUCACACCGUUUCAGCGCAAACCGGGCCAAUGUCGAUGCCAGGCAGGAGCAAGAGAUGAAGAUGGCGUUACUUAAUAACGGGUUGUGAGUGAAUUUGGAUGUGCUAUUUUUUAUUUAAUUUUUUAUUUUUUCGGCUAGAGACUAUAUAUGUACGCGCAUACAUAUGUACUAUUUAUGCUUUAUUUUUAUUCUG